ACUCCCCGUUGCUUUAAGAUAAUAAAAAUUAAUGAGUGUUCAAAAUAUCAAUGAAACAGGAAAAAACUUAAUGGAAAAGGAAAGUGAAGAAGAAUCAAUUUUUAUUGAUCCCGAAGAUCUCGAACUCGAUCUCACUCACGCUAAAUUGGAAAAGAUAGAAGGCUUUGAAAGUAUGAAAAAGUUGGAGAAAUUAUGUCUUCGAAGAAAUCGAAUUGCAGUUUUAGAAAAUCUUGAACAUCACCCAAAUCUAAAAGAACUUGACCUCUACGAUAAUAUCUUAACGGAAAUAAAAGGAUUGGAUUCUCAUAUAUUUUUAGAGUCUUUACUCUAUUUAGUAAGCAAUAAAAUUUCGAAGAUUGAAAAUCUUGAAAAGCUAACAAAUUUAAAAGUUCUUGAACUCGGCUCGAAUAAAAUUAAAAAAAUUGAAAAUCUGGAAAGUCUUGAAAAUUUAACGAGUUUGUUUCUCGGAAAAAAUAAAAUAUCCAAAAUUGAAGGACUUUCGUCUCUUAAAAAGUUGAAAGUUUUGAGCUUGCAGAGUAACCGCAUUACAAACAUUGAAGGUUUGGAAAACUUAAAAGAACUUGAAGAACUUUAUAUAAGCCAUAACAGAAUUGAAAAAAUUAAGAACCUUUCGGCUAACGAGGAUUUGAAGGUACUUGACGUAGCCAAUAAUAAGAUUUCCCGCCUUGAAAAUUUGCAUCAUCUUAUAUAUUUAGAAGAGUUUUGGUGUAACGACAAUUAUGUUAGCCAAUGGGACGACCUGGAAGAGUUUAAAAAUUGCAAUUGUUUAAAGACAAUUUAUUUAGAGAGAAAUCCGCUUGCGAAUGAUGUGCAGUAUAGGCCACGUCUGCGAAGGUACGUUCCAUCUUUGACGCAAAUCGACGCUACCUUCCGCUUUUACGAACAAGCACCUGGGGACAGCAGUUGGCGGCUACUCCUUACUGAUAUAAAGAGUGUACAGAACAAGGAGAAGGAUUAA